AUGAAGACUCUAGUUUUCUCAUCACUCGUUGUGUCAGCCGUGUUCGUUCGAUGCCAGGCGAGUUUCGGUCACUCCACUUCCUUCAGGAAGCAAGACGACCACGGGAACUAUGCUUUCGCCUACGACAUCAAAAAUGGUCACGGAGCAGCGAACGGCCGGAAGGAGUCGGGAGGACCGCACGGUGUUGUGGGUUCGUACUAUAUCGGUGACAUCGACGGUCGUCACCGGACUGUGCACUACGUCGCUGAUAAAGCCGGUUUCCGCGCUCAGAUCAAAACCAACGAACCCGGAACCAAGACGUCCUAUGCGGCUGCUGCCGCUUAUCACAGUGCCAACGGUCCCACAGCGCCUUCUGGGAGCCACCACGGAUUCCAUGGUUUGCACGGCGCCGCCCACUUCGCAGCUCCGAUUUACGCGAAGCCACCACCAUAUGGUCAUGGGCUGGUGGGUCAUGCUCAUGGUCCCCAUUUGUAUGGAAUCGGUCACUACGGAGGACACUACGGGGCAGCUCCCGUAGCUCACUUCGCCGCUGUGGAUCACUUCGUAGGUCCUCAUGGAGGUCCCUUCUAUGGCUGA